AUGGACGUCUCUGUCCAUGACGCGGCGGUCUCUCUGGAGCAGUGUUCCGAGGAGUUGCAGAGGAAGAACCUAGCUGUGGCCGGACUCACCAUGCUGUUUGAGCACAUGGUGUACAAAGGUCUGGCUAACACCAGGGACUACAACACCAUACAGGUACACAGGUCUGGCUACACCGGGGACUACAACACCCUACAGGUCUGGCUAACACCAGGGACUACAACACCCUACAGGUACACAGGUCUGGCUAACACAGGGACUACAACACCCUACAGGUACAAAGGUCUGGCUAACACCAGGGACUACAACACCCUACAGGAAGCCCUGAACAACCUGGAGGACUAUGACAAGACCUGCCUGGAGGCAGCUUUACACGGAGUCAGCAACGUGGUGCAGCAGGAGUGGGGCCACGCCUGUCCUACACAGGUGGUGUUGGUAACAGACGGCUCUCUGGGGAUCGGUAAAGGCUCUCUGAGACACUCCCUACAGACUCUGAAAGGACGACCAGAGGAUAAGAAGUUCCCCCUGCCCUUCCCUUUCCCUGCCAAGCUGUUCAUCAUGUGCAUCGCUAACGCAGAGGAGUUACAGAUGACAGACACGAUGCAUAACCUGGAGCAGCUGCUCCAGCUGAACGGAGGAGAUGGACAGAUCUUCACUAUGGAAGGCCAGCUCUGUCUGAAGAGUGUCCAGGUCAUGUUCGGGUGCGUAUGUCAACCCAGAAGCUUCCGUCCAACUCUUCAUGUUUACUUCUCAGGGUGGAAGCUAAAUCUGAAACUAGUGGAAACGACACAAGCGCCUGGCCCUUUCUCUGGGACCUAGCUAGGUCUUUGGUUGGCACAAUUAUCGUGUAACUGUG